CUGGCGGAGGUGGAGAAGUGCAGGGAGUUGGGAUCGCAGCAUUCCGCCGGUCCCAGAGAGGCUUACCCAGAGGUGGUUUUCCUGGGAACGGGGUCCGCGCUUCCCAUGAAGAUCCGGAACGUCAGCGGGACCCUGGUCAACAUCAGCGCGGGCCAGUCCCUGCUGCUGGACUGUGGCGAGGGGACCUUCGGCCAGCUCUGCCGUCACUAUGGCGACGGCGUGGACGAGGCCCUGGCCAAGAUCUCCACCGUCUUCAUCUCGCACCUGCACGCCGACCACCACACGGGGCUGCUCAAGCUGCUGUACCAGAGGGAGCGCGCACUGAGCAGCCUGGGAAAGGCGUUCAGCCCCGUCCUGCUGGUGGCGCCGGUCCAGAUCAUGGCGUGGCUCGGCCAGUACCACGACCACUGCGAAGAGAUCCUCGGCCAUUUCAACAGCCUGGGAAAGGCGUUCAGCCCCGUCCUGCUGGUGGCGCCGGUCCAGAUCAUGGCGUGGCUCGGCCAGUACCACGACCACUGCGAAGAGAUCCUCGGCCAUUUCAAAGAGAGGCUCCGGACGCACAGCAUCGAGUCCUCCGGGAAGCUGAAGAUCUCCCCGGAGCAGCACUGGGAUUUCACGGCCGAGGACCUGAAGGACCUGGGCGAGAUCGGCCGGGGCGCCUACGGCUCCGUCAACAAGAUGGUGCACAAGCCCAGCAACCAGAUCAUGGCGGUCAAGAGGAUCCGCUCCACGGUGGACGAGAAGGAGCAGAAGCAGCUGCUGAUGGACCUGGACGUGGUCAUGAGGAGCAGCGACUGCCCUUACAUCGUGCAGUUUUACGGCGCUCUGUUCAGAGAGGGGGACUGCUGGAUUUGUAUGGAACUUAUGGCUACCUCCUUAGACAAGUUUUACAAGUUUGUAUAUUGCUCAUUAGACGAGGUGAUUCCAGAGGAAAUAUUAGGAAGAAUAACUCUAGCUACUGUGAAGGCACUUAACCACUUAAAAGAAAACUUGAAAAUAAUACACCGAGACAUCAAGCCGUCAAACAUCCUCCUGGACCGGAACGGCAACAUAAAGCUGUGCGACUUCGGGAUCAGCGGUCAGCUCGUGGACUCGAUCGCCAAGACCCGGGAUGCGGGCUGCCGGCCCUACAUGGCGACUCACCUGACGCACGGCAACGAGCGAAACCGACCACGACCUGUGAAGAAACUCAGGAUGUGGUCGGAGGCCUUUUCUGUUGCCCUACUUUCCGUUUUCCCACACGUCUUGGUGGGACCGAUGAGCUGCUCAUGA